AUGGCCCAACCUCAGCAUAAAGGCGGGUAUAAACAAAUUAACAAGACACUCAACAUAUGCGCCUUCGAGGAUUAUCUUGCUGCGCAGCUCAAGCACUUGCCUUGCCUUGCGGAUGUGGAGCAACUCAGCCCUCGAGUCAUUCGGGUCCUAGGACAGAAUGCUGGAAAGUUCACUUUGCAAGGGACAAACACAUAUAUUGUCGGCACAGGGUCACAGAGGCUGAUUAUCGACACCGGCCAAGGGAUUCCACAAUGGGCAGAUAUCCUUGAUGCUACUCUCAAGGACCAUUCCAUCUCGCUGUCACACGUCUUCCUCUCUCACUGGCAUGGUGACCAUACUGGAGGAGUUCCGGAUCUCCUGCGACUCUAUCCCGAUCUCACUGAGGCCAUAUAUAAAAAUUCCCCAGGUAGUGAUCAGCAACCGAUCGAUGACGGCCAAGUAUUUCGGGUUGAAGGUGCUACUAUUCGAGCGGUGCAUAGUCCGGGACAUUCCCACGACCACAUGUGCUUCGUCCUUGAGGAGGAAAAUGCUAUGUUCACAGGAGAUAAUGUUCUCGGACAUGGCACUAGCGCAGUCGAAGAGCUUGGUGUCUACAUGGAGACUCUUCAGAGGCUGAAGUCACACCAUUGCGCCAUUGGCUACCCCGCCCAUGGGGAUAUUAUCACAAACCUCCCAGCGAAGAUUGCGGGAGAGUUGGCGCAGAAGAUGCGGCGUGAAAAACAGGUUCUCAUGACGCUCGACCGACUCAACAAGGAUUCCAGGCGAGCAGGCCGAGGUAAGAAGGCCAGCGUCACGGUCAAGGAGCUGGUGGUUUUAGUGCACGGGGAUGGAAUCGACGAAGAUGUGCGAACGAUGGCACUGGAGCCGUUCAUUGACGAAGUUCUGCGGAAGCUAGCAGAAGACGGCAAGGUAGCCUUUGAGAUGCGAGGGGGAACAAAACGAUGGUUUGGAGUGGGAGUGUUAUAA